GUCAAAACUAUCAGGGUUGCGAACAUGCUCGAUGAACAAGCCGUCCAAAAAGCGAAGAAGAGACUUCGCCGCGAAGUAGCCGUGUGGAUCAAACUGAGUCAUGCGCACGUUCUCGCUCUUCACGGCACGGUCUCCGAUUUUGGACCAUUGCCUGCUCUUGUUUCUACAUGGAUGUAUAACGGGGCACUUGAUGGUUACCUGAAGCGCACGAGGCUCACCAUGGAACAAAAGCUAAAGCUGUUGAAACAGGUGGUGGAUGGCUUAAGAUAUCUUCAUGAACAGGGAGUAAUUCACGGGGACCUGACCAGUACAAAUGUUCUGAUCGACCGCGAUGGCAAUGCAUUUUUGGCAGAUUUCGGUCUCUCCGUGGCUCUCAUAGAGAGUGACAGAUCUUACUACCAGUCGUAUUCGAAUGGCGGCGCUGUCCGGUGGGUAGCGCCCGAAUUGAUCGACUUACCGGAACCAGAAAGCAUUCCGGAUGACAGUGACAACUUCCCAAAGCCGAACAGUCAGAGCGAUGUAUUUUCACUUGGUUGCAUCAUGCUACAAGUCUUCUCGGGUAAACCUCCCUUCUGGUGGCUUAGAAAUGUUCAACAUGUAUUCAAUGCUCAGCUCAAGCGCGUAGAGCCAUAUCGGGUCGAACCCAGUGUGACCGUUAGCCACCGGCAUUUGGAUUUCAUGCGGCAAUGUUGGUCAGCUGAGCCUGAGGAUCGUCCUUCCACUGGGGAUGCUGCUUCCUUUGUGGAAAACGAGCUGGAAAGUGUUUCCUCUCCCCUGUCCAACUAGCUCAGCGAUGUAUGUCGCGGAAGCAUCUCGAUCAGCUUGAUUAACAUGCUACUUUUUUCGGGCCUUAUUAUAUUACCGAACACAGUACGCAUGUACGAAGCUGUAUACACGUUAAACUAUGAUAGCUUGUGCUGGACAAGUUAUACCCGCGCCACAUGUAGAUCGACCGUCGUCUUCAUUGCAAUUUAAAACUCCAAACCGUUACACCGACUUUCGCGGUAUCAAAUAUUAAUACG